UAAGUACAGGAUAGUGGAGUGUGUGGUGAUGGUGGAUAUUAAGAUGAUAUCGGGAGGAAGGUGUGGCGGUGGUCAACAUGUCGUCAGCUGACUGGGAGGAGGUGAAGAGGCUCGCUGCUGACUUCCAGCGGGCCCAGCUCGCCUCUACUGUCCAGAAAUUAUCUGAACGCAACUGUAUUGAAAUAAUCAACAAAUUAGUGGAACUUAAUUUGCUAGAUAUCUACCACACUAAUGAUGGCAAGGAAUAUAUUACUCCAGCUCAGCUCACCAAGGAGAUUCAAGAUGAAAUUUUCCUUCAUGGAGGGCGGGUGAACUUGGUAGAUCUGGUGGAUGUGUUAUCAGUUGACCACAGUGUAAUAGAAAAACGAGCAUCAAUUUUAGCUCACUCUGACUCCAGCAUAUGCUUUGUCCUUGGCCAACUGAUUACACAUGAUUACCUCGAUGUCAUCGCAGAGGAGAUCAAUGAGAAGCUCCAACAAGAAGGUUCAACAACAAUAGCAGACCUUGUCAAGCAAUAUGAAUUGCCUGGAGACUUUAUGUUGGAGGUUGUUGUGGAGCGUCUAGGCACCAUUAUCCAUGGCCAGCAAGAUACCCACGAUCGGACUGUGAUAUUUACCGAUGCCUUUGUGGCAAGACACAAAGCUCACGUCAGAGGUGUCUUGUGUGCCAUCACACGCCCUACACAGGUGUCUGUUAUCAUUAUGCAACAUGGUUUCCAGCAAAGACUAUUCUUCAAUGUUGCUGAAAAAUUAAUUGCGACUGGACGGGUACCUGGUGUUCUAACAGGAAACCGACAAAUUCAUAGGGCAAUGUACAUACCCAGCAUUUAUUCACGUACUCAGAAUGAGUGGGUCGACAACUUCUUGAAGCAAAAUGGGUAUCUAGAGUUUGAAGCCUUGCGUCGACUGGACAUAGUUGAUCCCGAGGGGCAUAUCCGUCGGCACUAUAAGAAUGAAGAUUUAACCUUUGUUGGUGACGUUUGUGUGGGACCAAGUCUCAUCGAUCAGAUUGAUGCUGCUAUUGAUGAUGCCUUGGUUUCUGGGGGUUGGGUGGAUAUCUAUCCUCUGUUGCCUACCGUAUUCAGCCCAGAGGAGGGAAAUCAGUUGGUGGAUAUUGCCCUGAAGCGUCGCCAAGAUAAAAAAUCCACAGCAAGUGCAAGGGUGUUCUGUGACACUGUUGUUAUUAGUGACCAGCUUUUGACAAAACUGUCCAACCAUCUACAACAGUUGAUGCCAAAGAAAGCCAAGGAAGCAAUAGAGAAGGGAGCCUUUAAACAACAAGUUAGCACUGGGAGACUUAAGCAGCAGGAUGAGGAUACCGGUAAGAGUAAAAAGGAUGACAGAAGAAAGAAGGCUGCAACUGGCAAGGCAGGAGGUGGCACCCAAGGUCGUGAGACUAAGACCAAAGCUACCAAGAACAAAUAUAAAACGAGGAAGGGGCCUGCUCAAGAUUCUGACUCCGAUGAUGAUAACAGUGCCCAGCAGCAUAUUGGUGGGCAUGGUGGUAAUGCUUCCCAUGUAGAGUUCCUCUCCUUAGAAGACAUGCAAACAGAAAUUACAAACUUCUCAGAAUUGACAGACUGCCCUGAAGAACUGGUGGAAGAGCUAACAAAUGAUUUGCAUCGUCCAUUAACUAGACAGUUUCAGGAAGUUGCUAAAUCUAUUUUCCUGGCAACUGUAGCAGUUGGAGGUGAUGCACGGAGAAAGACCCAUCAGCAGCUACAGGAAAAAGUGUCGGCUUUGCUCACUACGAUCAAGCUGGCAGAGAAGAGUAUUAAGGUAUUUGAUGAAGAGAAGCAGAUGCAGUUGAGGAAGCACUUGCUGAAAACUCAGUGCUCUGAGCUCAUGAAUGAACUAGUUCUUUACCUUGCCGAUGACAGUCUUAUAGACAUAGCUCGGGACAAGGAAAUCACCCCUGAGAUUCGUGUAAAGAUUAUUAAGAAAUUAUCUGAAGACAUGACUGAGCCACUGCUUAAUGCCCAUAAGACGCUUAUUGGCUGUAGCUUGGAGGAAUUCUUUGAUGUCAUUGAUGAUGCUAUUGCAGUCACAGGGAUCAUGCUGAAGAAGAAGGACAAUAAGAAGGAUCGACAAGUGUUGUUGAACCAUCGGAGUGGUCUUCUGGAGCAGCUUGAUGGAUCUAUUGAUGCCCCAAUAACGCUUCAUCUGGCCUGCCUUGUGCUCUUCCAAUCUGUAACAGGGAACAUGUUGCACGCAUCGGGCAAGUUUGUGCCACAUAUCUUGGCAUACAUAAAGAAUCAAAUACCAGCGGAUAAGUUUACUAUACUGCAGGAGUAUCAAGAUUUGGUUAUUAAAUCUCUAACAACAAAGGGUGACUUGGAGGCCGAUAGUGAAGUGAAACUUAGACUUGAAGCUCUGACACCACUUGUCAAGGAAGUAGCCAUCACCUUCAAGAAAGUAACUGCUGGUUCACACAACAUAGAAGACAAAGUGUAAUACAUUUCCUGUUUUAUUUUUUUUGUCAAAUGUAAAGUUGUAUUGGGUAUCAAUCUUGGUUGCAAUUAGUUGACAAGUAAAUUGAACCCAUGAAGCACACUACCUGGAUAUAUUCUUAAAAUAAUCUAGGGUCAGGAAUAUUUUCCUAUAAAAUUUUUGGCUUCACAUUUGGGUACAAAUUUAAAGCCAAAAGUUCUGCAGAUUUCUUUGGUAAGAUUGGGAAUUAUGUACAGGUGUAUGGGUUGCUUUCUAAAUAAAGAUGUAGGAGGAGGAAUAGAUUUUUGUUAAAAUCUUGAUUUUUAUACCAAAGUCUUAAAUUGGAAUAAACUAAUUAUUUUUUUUGCAAACCUAA